AUGACUUCUGUAGGUGUGUUUGGUGACACGCUCAGCAAGUGCGAGAAGGAUGGGCUGGUGCCAAAGGCCAAGCCCAGAGAUGUUUCAGAUUUUUCCCUUUAUGCCCCUGCAACCAAGCCCUGCUGCUCCAGCGCAUAUAAAGGACCCAGGCUAGGGCUGCGGCAUUCACGGCCUGGCCUCUCUCGUGUCUCUCUGACAACUCCGAGCUCCCUCUCCGCUCUCCAGUCAUGAUCGCCAGACAGCAGCGUGUUCUAGGCGGGUCCCGGGGCUUUAGCUGUGGCUCGGCCAUCGUAGGCGGGGGCAAGAGGGCAGCUUUCAGCUCGCUCUCCGUGUCUGGGGGCGCGGGCCGCUGCUCCUCUGGGGGCUUCGGCAGCAGGAGCCUCUACAACCUCGGGGGGAACAAGAGCAUCUCCAUCAGCGUGGCCGGGGCCCGUCAAGGUGCCGGAUUUGGGGCUGUGGGAGGUUUCAGUGCCGGCAGCUUUGGCGGUGGAUUUGGGAGCUCCUUCAGUGGACGGGGUGGUGCUGGCUUCGCCGUCUGCCCUGCUGGGGGGAUUCAGGAAGUCACCAUCAACCAGAGUCUGCUGACCCCCCUCCAUGUGGAGAUUGACCCUGAGAUCCAGAAGGUCCGGACUGAGGAGCGGGAGCAGAUCAAGACCCUCAACAACAAGUUCGCCUCCUUCAUCGACAAGGUGCGGUUCUUAGAACAACAGAACAAGGUCCUGGAGACCAAGUGGAAACUCCUCCAGCAGCAGACAACCACUACAUCCAGCAAAAACCUAGAGCCCUUCUUUGAGGCCUACCUCAGUGCCCUGAGGAAGCAGGUGGAUACCUUGGCCAAUGACAAAGUACGUCUGCAGUCUGAGCUGAAGACCAUGCAGGACAGCGUGGAGGACUUCAAGACCAAGUAUGAAGAUGAGAUCAACAAGCGCACAGCUGCUGAGAAUGACUUUGUGGUCCUUAAGAAGGACGUGGACGCCGCCUACAUGAACAAAGUGGAGUUGGAUGCCAAGGUGGAAGCCCUGAAUGACGAGAUCAACUUCCUGAGGGCCCUCUAUGCUGCGGAGCUGUCCCAAAUGCAGAGCCAUGUCAGUGACACAUCCGUGGUCCUGUCCAUGGACAACAACCGAGACCUGGACCUGGACAGCAUCAUUGCCGAGGUCCGUGCCCAGUACGAGGAGAUCGCCCAGAGGAGCAAGGCCGAGGCUGAGGCGCUGUACCAGACCAAGGUCCAGCAGCUCCAGACCUCAGUUGACCUACAUGGUGACAACCUGAAGAACACCAAGAAUGAGAUUUCAGAGCUCAACAGGUUGAUUCAGAGGCUGCGGGCCGAGAUUGAGAAUGUCAAGAAGCAGUGCGAGACUCUGCAGGCAUCUGUGGCUGAUGCAGAGCAGCGUGGGGAGCUGGCCCUAAAAGAUGCUUACAGCAAGCGCACAGAGCUGGAGGCUGCCCUGCAGAAGGCCAAGGAGGAGCUGGCCCGGAUGCUGCGCGAGUACCAGGAGCUCUUGAGCGUGAAGCUGGCCCUGGACAUCGAGAUUGCCACCUACCGCAAGCUGCUGGAGGGCGAGGAGAGCCGGAUGUCUGGAGAAUGCCAGAGUGCCGUGAGCAUCUCCAUGGUCAGUGGUGCUGCCAGUGCAGGAGGCAUCGGCGGAGGAUUAGGAAGUGGCUCCGGGUUUGGCCUGGGUGGUGGUUUUGGCUCUGGCUCCGGAAGUGGCUUUGGGUAUGGUGUUGGUGUUGGUGGCAGUUCUGGCAGUAAGACCAUCUCUACCACCACCUUGACCAAGAGAUCCUACCGAUAG